AUGUCAACAUUGGAGCACGAAAUGAUACCCGCUACAGCAGCAUCAGAGGAUAUUCCAUCUACGGCUGUAGCUUUAGAGCAAGAGCAUGAAAAAGUUCAUCAAGAUGAAACACCUGUAAGCAGCAUCACCAAGAAUGAUGCUCGAGCAGAAUCACCCAGCAGAACAUUAGCUUUGAUUAAGCCUGAUGCCAUGCAAGCCGCACACAAAGACGAAAUCAUUGAAAAGAUCAAGGAGAACGGAUUUCGCAUUGUCCAGGAACAACAGAUUCAACUUUCCAAAGAGAAAGUAGGCUUAUUCUACAAGGAGCAUGAAGAGAAACCAUUCUAUCAGGAUCUUACAAAUUGGAUGAGCAGCUCACCCAUCUAUGCGUUGGUUUUGGAGAAGCAAGAUGCCGUUCAAGCUUGGAGACAUCUCAUGGGGCCUACAAACUCAAACAAAGCAAGAGAUGUCGAGCCCAACAGUAUUCGUGCGCUUUUUGGUACAGAUGGAUCGCACAAUGCGACUCAUGGCAGUGAUAGUCAAGCAAGUGCAGAGCGCGAAAUUGCACUUAUUUUUGGAAAUGACAAGCCCCAUGUAGUAGAGGUGCAAGGUUUAAAAGAUGAGUUUGAGACCCAGGAUGUAUGCAAACCUGAUGCAGUUGACGAAAGCAAUGAGCAACAUCCCGAGGUUACCAAGGAGCCAGAAGCUAUUGCUACAACUGCUAAAGUGGAUGAUUUGGACACAAGGCAUGCUACUGUUGACCAUGAGGCAGACGAGGUGGAGCCUACUGUGGACACCAAACAUCUCCAUACUGCUGAUUUAGUCACGUCGCAAGAUAAUGUCACUGAUUUGUCUCAAAAAGAAGAUGAAACCAUCAAUCCGGCCCCUGAAGACAUGAAGAAAGAUGAAACUACAGAAAUUCGUGUGGCUGCUGAUGCUGAGGAAGAAGAGGCCGCUGUUGUUGUUGAUGCUGAGGAAGAGGGGGCCGCUGUUGUUGCUGAUCCAGUUGUUGUCAGUUUAGAUGCCAAGCUCGAUCUUUCUCUUGAGGAUACCAUUGCUGCCACCACUGCCGACAAAGAUGAUAAUGCUUCAAAGGAAGAACAAGUAGUCAAAGCCACCUUUGCUGAUGACAAUGUUCCUGACACCAAAGAAGCUCCCGCUGCUGAAGUCUCAAAUGCUAACGAAGCCCCUGUUACUAAUGCUUUAAAUGCUGAAGAAAUUUCCCAAGUGGGUGCCAUUGCUACUGUCACUGUUGAAGCUUCUACCACCGAUGCCAAUGACAUUGCUCCUGAUACCACCAAAGAUACAAAAGAAACUGACAAGCCUGAUACCACAUUUAUUGCUAAUAAUACCAAAGAAGAUGCACAUUUCGAGGAGAAGAAGGAUACCAAGCAAAUUGAAAAGGAACCCGUUUUGGAGAAACAAGAUGUCAAGUUACAGCCUGAAACGGUGACCAUUGAAGCUGAAAUUGUUGCUGAAAACGAUACUGACGAGGAUCAUGCCGAAGCACAAGCAAAUGCCGAAGAACAGCAAGAGAUUGAGGCCAUUAUCCACGUAGAGGAAGCCAAGGUUGAUGCAGUUUUGGAGCCUGUUGCCAGUGCCCCUGUUGCCAUGGAAACCUUAGAGACUGAACCUACUGCUGUUACCUUGGAAGCAGAAGAAGAGAAGGAGCUUUUGAAUGCGGAGCAAGGCAAGAAGCAAGAAGAACCUGUUGCUGUAGCUAUUCAUGCAGAUAUUGUUACAGCUGAUGCGCAAGACAAUGACGACGACGCUAAUCAGCAUCAACAACACGGUGUCACUUCUGGUGAGGUAUUUGCUCAGGAAAACGAGACACAACAAACAAAUGUCAUUGUUGUCGCUCAUGAUGAUGUCGAUGCAGACAAACCCUUGGACACACCAAAGGAAAAGAACAUGACAGAAGAUCACCAAAAUGUCAAAUCGAAUGAAUCUGUCACUCAAGAAAAGGAGGGCGAUCUCAUCUCAACCACUCCCACUACAACAACGACAGCCACUGCUACUACCACUGAUACUGACGCUAACAUUCUAUCCAGCGGCAAUAGCAGUGAUUCGUCCAAGAAUUCUAGUGUAACAGCAGACAAGAGCCAAGUCAAGGAGAACAUCAAGGAGACACAUGUCAACAAGAAGCAACCUAAACUUAAAGCCCCUGCUGCUGCUGGUGCUUCAUCUGUCGGCCAUCCUCGUAGUGCCGCCAUAGCUACUACAACAACAACUGCAGAUAAGAAGAAGGCGACUAGUACAGGUUUGAGAAAGCCUACAUCCACAUUAAAGAAGAAGACUGCCGCCACAAGUAGCAGCGGAGCAGAUGCCGAAGACGAAAAGGACAAACCCAAACCUAAAACAAGAGUGCCUAGAGUGGCUUUACUUUCUCAACAAACUAAAAAGAAGCCAGUAACUCAAGAUGAUGCUUCUGCCAACACGGAAAUCAAGACAAAGAAGGCAGCUGUGAGCACUCGAUCAUUGGUCUCUCGAUUGACAGCACCUACUGCAGCCAGUGCACGUAAAAAGACAUCAUCUGCUGCUGAAGGUACUACUACUACUACUACUACUACUACUCCUAAACCAGCUGAUCCUGCUCGCCAAAAGAAGAUUAGUUCAGCAGCUACCAAAAAGGUACCUACUACCACAGCUACAACUGGUUCACAUGUAUCCAAGGCUUUUACUACUUCCAAGCCUGCUAAUGCUACUGCUGCUGCUACUACUACUGCUUUAGGUGUCAAGAAACCCAGCACUACCGCCACUGGCACCAAGACUACUGGAGGUGUACGUCGUAUAUCACCUCCAACAUCUACUACUGCAUCUAAAAAGGCGGAUGGAACCGCUGUUAAACGUACUACAGGAACAACAGGUACCCGUGCAGCAGCUUCUGGACUCCCAUCUUCUGCCAAUCCUGGUAAAACUAGUACGAGAAAGGAAACUUUGUCAACUGGAUCCAAACUCAAGAAGACCGCACCCACACCAAAGAAGCCAUCAGCAGCCACUUUGACCACACCCAAGAAGAUCAAGAAGGCUGAUACUGCUGUAGAAUCUCCCACUGCUUCUUCUGCUUCAAAGGCUUCUUCCGAGUCAUCUCAUGGUGCAGAUCAUCAUGACUCUGCUGACAUGGAGGCAUCCGCAACUCCUUCAUCGGUUCCUGCUUCCUCAAGUCAUCCUGACGAAGCUGUAGAAACCACCAAAUCAGAGCAUGUUGCCAACGAUACUAACGAGGCAGAGGCCAACGCUGUUCUAGACAGCACCAGCAACGAGAACGACAGCACCAAUCAUGGCGGUGUAGAUCAAGAAUCAAUAAAUGAAAGUGAAAUUGGAUCUGAUGUCAUUACUUCUUCUCAGGAUGUAACAGAAAUCGAGAAGAAGGCAACAGAAAAGCAAGACGAUAUCAUUGUUGAUUUGCCCAAACAGGAAACCAAUAAUGAGCAAGACGUAGAGAGUGCCGAGAUUGGUGCCAAAGAGCAGGAGCAAGAAGUAGAGAGCGUCGAGAUUGGUGCCAAAGAGCAAGAGCAAGACAAGGUGCUCAUUAUUGAACCUUCUGCAAACCAAGCAUCUGAUGCUGAAGUCGCUGCCAUUACUGCCAACAACAACAACAACAACAACCACACUACGCCAGUUGUUGCCAUCACGAGCAACAAACCUCAAAUGGCAUCUCUUCGUAGUCGAUUUGAAAACCUCAAUAACAACAGUACUAAUAACACACUCAAUCAUAAUCAAUUACAGACCACUUCGUCCAAGGAGAUCCGUUCCAAAUCACCAAAUCGUAUCUCUGAUAUGAUCAAUCGUUUCCAAUAA